UCAUCCAUUGAUUCAUUAAUUUAUUUAACAUAAACAAAUUCUCCCACAGUUCUUUUCUGAAACAGUCAGAAUGUAACCGCUCUGGUAAACCAAAGUGACGACACCAGAACUCCACCAUGACAGUGUAACCUGAUGACCUUGCUCACCUGAUCACAUCUACAGAUAAAUUGUCUUUGAAAACUUUACACUCAACUGUUGAAGCAAUAUUAUCACUAUACAGUUAAAUACAACCCUGUCAGGACAAAAACAAUGAGAACGCAGCUCAGUUAAACCUCAGCUUUCAGCCACUGCAUCAAACUUACCUUUGGGAUAACUGCUGAGUCGGGUAAACUACGGACUGUAGGUAAACUACUGACUAUGGGCUGGAGAGACGCAGAGGAGCAGAACUCAGUCCACGGACCUCUAAACGACAUGAACGUCAACUCAGAGAAGAAAUCCCAGCGCAAGCUCUCUAAGCCGUUGCUGGAGCGACGGAGGCGAGCCCGGAUCAACGCCUGCCUCGGGGAGCUCCGUACACUCCUGCUUCAGUCACACGUCACACAGGGCUGCCGUCCCUCUAAACUGGAGAAGGCUGAUAUCCUGGAGCUGACCGUCCGGCACCUACGCUCUCUACAACACACGCACUCAGGUCAGGAAAAAUCCUGGAACACCGAUGAGAAACGAUUUACUACCCCCCACAGGCCGGACACAGGGGGGAGGCUGCUGCGGGAUGGCAGAGUGAAAGCCACCGUACUGACCACUGACGCAACUGGAACUCGGGGACACAUGCCGAGCCUGCGGGACCCUGCACUGUUACCAUCACAACACCAGCACCUCUCCGCACUUGACAAACCACUUACUGAGGGUAAAACGUCCAGCAGCUCCAGCUUACUGACCACUGUGUGGAGGCCGUGGUGA